UCAAUUAUAAAGUGCUAUAUAAUAGCUGUUUGUUUUAGUAGUUAGUCGAACGUCACCUUGUCCGGUAGGAACUUAUUCCUACUAACAGCUAAACCACUCUGCUGUCUCACUUUAUUGAAGAAAAAGAAAAUAUACCGAUAGUUAUUUUUGUUGGAUCUCCCUACUAAAAAGAAAAAAGGUGACACUGGCGGAAAAAUAAUACUUUAAUUUUAUCUGAUUAUCUAAAGUACCAAAACGAACGAAAUGAGGCAACAUAAUUCUAAUGUUGGUGUCCAUCUGGAGGAUUCAUCAUCUUCAAAUUCUGGAUCAAAAGGUUGGACAGAGAAUGAAUUGGAAUAUUUCAUAAGACAGUUAAUGAACCCCCAAAUAUACAAUAAUAAAAAUACCACAGCUUCUUCAAGUUGGUCUCAACAAGUUACAACAACUAGUCAGACAUCUGUCCCAUUGGAACCAUCAAUUAUUUCAGGUGAAUUACUCAACAAAUGUCAUAUUGGUUCUUCAUCAGAACAUUUACCAAGAAAAGUCAUCUUACACAACGAUAAAAAAGCAUGUGUUUGUCAGGAGAAAAGGAAAGCUAAGCAUCGGACAUUAGUAAAUCACCAUAAAACAAAAAGUGGAGAAAUAAAUUAUGAGUCAACUAUAGAGAUCUCAGUUGACUCUGUACUAGACAAAGAUAUCUCCAGAAACGGACAGUAUUUGUGUAGAGAUUCCACCACCAUAACGGCGUGUGCCGGAUCAGUUCAUUGUGUGCACUUUACCGACUCAUGUUCGGAUGAUCCGGAUUCUUCAGAAAAUCCACAAUCACAAGUCUCCAAAAUGGAGAAGAGCCAUGAUGGCCGCAAGAAAGAACAGAAAAGACGUUUUUUUCAUCGGAUGAUACCACGACCUUUAAGAAGAAGUCACAGUUGUGGAAAUGCUAAAGAUCUGGACAGUUCUGGUAAAACUACUAAAACAGAAAUUGAAGUGUCAGAGAAAUUACUGUGUGAAAACAAAUCUACAUCCAUCCGAAAGACAUCUUCUUUUGAUGCCAGAACAUUGUUCCUGCCCAAUGACUUAGAUGCUAGUCCCGUAAAACCAAAGUCACGCAAUUUAGCUUGGAAUGUGAAAAGAAGGUUACACUUUCUCCGACGCCAUCAUACAGACUCAUCACUUACUGAAAAAUUUCCAAAAAUCGACAUGGUGAACGCAGCAAAGUGGGGCAAAUCUUUUGAAGCAUUAAUUAGGGAUAAAGAUGGUUUAGAAAUCUUCAGAAAAUAUAUGAGGUCAGAAUUUAGUGAUGAAAAUAUUGACUUUUGGUGGGCUGUGGAAGACUACCGAAUGGCUAGUGAAUCUGAGCUUGAAAAGAAAGCCAAUAUUAUUUUCAAAACAUUUGUUGCAAAGUCUGCUGCAAGGGCUGUCAACUUGAGGGCUCCUAACAGAGAAAAGGUUCGUCAGAGAGUAGAAACUAAUAUCACAAGGAAUAUGUUUGAUGAUGCUCAAAAGGAGAUCUUUGAUUUCAUGCAGCGGGACACCUACCAACGGUUCUUGAAAUCAGACAUGUAUUUAAGCACUUGCAAGUCAUCUAGCUAGUCAUUUAUUAUGAUUCAUAAACUAACUGAAUGCACAAAACUGCUUCUUGUAAACUAUUUCUAUCCCUACACAUACACACACACACACACACACAAAGAAAUACCUACUAUCUCUACCACGCCUCUGUAUUUCAUGCACCCUAAUUUCUUCCCCCCUCUCUUCUCUCUCUCUAUCUCUGGCCCCUUUCUAUUGCACCUAUCACUGUUGAGCACAGAUUAUUGCUAAGCAUAACUCUCAGUUCUAAGGUUUCUGUGACUUGUAUUUUCCAAUAUGUUAUUAUUAUUUUUAUCUUUUCCUCUGCAAUGAGCAAUAGAAAAGAAUUAGUAAAAUAAAACAUGAAAAUCAUAUAUAUAUAUAUAUAUAUAUAUAUAUAUAUAUGAUGUGUGAGUGUGUAUAUACAUAUAUAUCUACACAAACACACACAUAUACACAUGCACAUACAAUCAUAUAUACAAAUAUGUGUUUACCCAUAUAUACACGAAUUGCAUUAGACAUCUUUAUGUGUGUGCAUAUAUGUGUAUUAUUAAACUUUAUUUAUUUAAAAAAAAAAAAAA